AUGCCUCUCGUCGUACCCAACCUCAAUCCUGCGCGCUUGCGCUCCUAUAUCUUGCGCCUGCCGCUGUGCACGCGCUUGAUUCUGCUCAUUAUCGUCGCUCUCUCCGUCGCCAGCACCGUCUGGCCAACUCUGCGCCAGAAAUGCGCUCUGGUUCCUGACCAAGUCAGCAUAACCGCCGCCUUCCGUCUCAACACCUACCCGGUGACCCACGUUGGCAUUAUCCACACUCUCUUCAACCUGCUCGCCAUCACGCCGCUGCUCGAACGAUUCGAGGCCGAACAUGGCACUCUGGUGUCUCUUGCCCUGUUCUCCGGCCCCUUUGCAACUCUGCCCGGCGUAAUCUACAUAAUUCUUGAACGCGGCAUUUUGAGGGGAAACACUGCUGUUCAAGGCGCGAGCGUCUGGGUCUUCCUGCUCCUCGCAGUCGAGGCCAUGAAGACGCACAAAGCGAAUCCCUUCUUCAGCCUCGGACCGUACAAGAUUCCCACCUGGACCACUCCUCUGAUCUUCAUCCUCCUCACGAGCUUCCUCGUGCCCAACACGAGUCUGAUCGGCCACCUCUGCGGCGCCUUUAUUGGCUACCUCUGGGGCCUGAACUACAUCAAGUUCCUCGCGCCGCCCGAGAAGAUCCUCCGCUGGAUCGAGAACAAGCUCAAUCUGUUGGUGAGACUGCCGCACUACGUCUCCGUCGACCGCUCCACCUUCGGCCGCUACGGCGUUUUGCCCUCGACCACUCCCCUGGCCACGCUGCCUGCUGGCGUCGUCGGCUCCACCCAAAGACUAGGCCCGUGA